AGGGGCAGGAAUUAUGGGAUCCAUCCAGAGAAAAGUGGGAACGGAAGAUGCUGAGGGCGGCCUCUCCUUUUCAAAAUCGACCGACCGCUCGCAGUUGCCCAGCGCUCAUUCCUCUCCUCUCUUUCUCCAAGUGCGAGCGUAAUGGUAGAGCGGAGAAUGAACUCGGUAGUGAAAUGGGUGCUCAUUCUCUUUGUCCUCGUCUCCAUCAUUCUCAACAUCGUCCUGAUUGGCAUCCACUCCAGCAGGGCGCCCAAAUGCUCCGCUCAGCGCGUCCAUCCGCUGCGGGGCAAGCACGACGACCGCAGCCUCGUAUUCGCUGACCUCACCCGGGAGGAGUACUUGCAGGUCCAGCAGUACAUGCUCAAGCAGAAAGCCUUGGACAUAUCCAUCAACCAGAACACCAAGCCAUCGGAAAAUUUCUUGUUCUUAAUAGACCUCUCUCUGCCAAAGAAAGCGGACGCACUGGCUUACUUGGACAACAAAGGCACCAAGCCGACGAGAGAGGCAACGGUGGUGGUCUUCCACGGCGCCCGAGGCUACAUCAAGGAAUACGUUGUGGGGCCUCUUCCCAACCCGAAACAUCACAGAGAUGUCACCAACGAGAGGUACAAGAUGGAACUACCUAUCUAUGCACGCACGGUCACCAUCGGGGAAUACGUCUUGCUUUUCCAGUUUUUUGAGACCGAGAUCUUCUCCAAGCUAGGUAGGCUCAUGAAAGAGAGCUUCGGUCAGGGCAAGAGACUGAACCCGUUCGAGCAGAUGCCCCGCGGUGUCCGAUCCGGGGACAGAAAGACCUGGGUGUCUUUCUUCAGGAAUAUGAGCGGCAUGUACAUCCACCCGGUGGGCUUCGAGGUGCUGAUAGACCACGGGAGCGUAAACGCUUCGGCCUGGAGAAUCGAGCGACUACUUUACAAUGGCCAAUACUUCGACACGGUGGAAGAACUUAAACAGAAAUAUGAUACUGGCUCUAUUAAGAAAAUAGUUUACAAAGAGUCCCCUGACUAUGGCUCUCUGAAGCCCAGGAGCAAGCCUCUGCAAAUCGGUCCGCAGCUGUUUUACGCAGAGGGGAAGCGCUACAGCGUACGCAAGAACCACGUUCUGUACCUAGACUGGAGCUUCGCCUUCGGGCUGAGCUCUCUCACAGGCAUGCGGGUGUUUGACGUGCGGUUUAAGGGUGAGAGGAUUGCCUACGAGCUGAGCGUGCAGGAGGCCAUGUCGGUGUAUGGGUCAGUGACACCAGGGAUGAUCCUCACCAAGUUUCUGGAUUCGAGCAUCGGGAUAGGGCGCUUCGCACACGAACUGGUCCGUGGCGUGGAUUGCCCCCACGAAGCCACCUACGUGGACGCGUAUCGCUACAUCGAUGUCCAAGCCCCGGUUACAUUUAGGAAUUCAAUCUGCAUCUUCGAGCACAACAUGGGUCAGCCCCUGCGGAGGCACUUCUCUGACUUUUUCUACCACAGUUAUGGGGGGAUGGUGAACAGCGCCUUAGUGUUCAGAACGAUCACAGCUAUAGGAAACUAUGACUACAUGUGGGAUUUCAUAUUCUACCAGAGCGGAUCAGUUGAGGCUAAGGUGCACGCCACCGGCUACAUCUCUUCUUCUUACUUAGUGGAAGGUAGUCUGAAACACGGGCACCAGGUGGCGGAAAAGGUCCUGGGGAACAUCCACACCCACUUCAUCAACUUCAAAGUGGACUUGGAUGUGUUGGGAGUGAAGAAUGUGUUCCAGACCAAAGACAUGGAGUAUGUUAAUGUGUCACUGCCAUGGAUGCCUGAUCACUAUGCUAUGGUCCCUCAGCUGGUGGAGAAUCAACUCAAAACAGAACAGGAGGCAGCUCUGCGUUACAACACCAAGACUCCUCGCUACCUACACAUUGCCAGUAACAAGACCAACCGCUGGGGUCACCAGCGCUCCUACAGGCUGCAGGUGUUCAGCUUCACAGGGGACCACCUCCCAGAGAGCCAGGCUGGGGAAAGGUCCAUGUCCUGGGCCAGGUAUAAGGUUGCUAUCACCAAACAUAAGGACUUAGAGCAGACCAGCAGCAGUCUGUACAGUCAGAACAACAUCUGGACUCCAGCUGUCGACUUCAGCAAGUACAUUGAAGACAAUGAAAGCAUUGAAGACGAGGACUUGGUUGCCUGGGUGACCACCGGUUUCCUCCACAUCCCUCACUCCGAAGACAUCCCCAAUACGGUAACCGUGGGCAAUGGGGGUGGGGUCCUGUUGCGGCCCCACAACUACUUUGACGACGAUCCAUCCAUCCACUCUGCUGAUGGGGUGUACUUUACCCCAGGCAGCGAGGACAGCUGUGACAAUAACAGGAUGGCCUGCCUUGCUCAAGAGACCUGCAGCCCCAUGCUGGAGCCCUUCACGUACUAUGGCUUUGGUGGAGUCCUGAAGUUUGAGGAUUGAGUAUGAUUUAUUGAUCGUUGCUAGGUAAUAGCUUCCAAGCCCUGAUGAUUUCGGAGUUGGGCCUGGACUGAAUUACUAAUCUAUGAAGAGGCUUUUGUCAAUUUUAACAUGUUUAUACAGGCAGUUUGGGAUGGUUAAUUUAUUUGUGCUACAUGUGUUUUAAAGCUGCACAAAUUGAGUGAAGGAAUUCGUCAAUAUUUUGCUUUUGCUUUUCUUUCUGAGAGUGAGAAGAUUGACACCACUCACAUAUUUGUGUGUUAAAUACAUAGUUGGAAUCAGGAUGUCGUAAGCCUAGCUCAGCCUAAAGCCUGGAAGCAGGAGAUAAUAAAAGCUAACCUAGCUCUGCUCAAUGUCAAUAAAUACUAAGGAUGGUGGAAAGCAAUUCACAUAAAAAUUCUUAAUCAAUUCAUAGAUGCCAAAAAUAAUUUUGUGUAUGUCGAUAAAGUAAUUUCAACAGAACAAAAAAGGCAGGACAGAACUGAACUGAACUGUAUACCACACACACACUAGAGUUAUCUUGUGGUUCAUUUUGAAAAAGGGCAGAUGUUUCGGCUCAUUUUGGAUUUAAUAAGUUAAUAAUUAGCUUUUCAUGAUGCAAGUGAAGUAUUUUGUGGGUACUUUUGUACUAUAUUACUCAGAGACUAACUAACGUUAGAAGAGUGGAGCACCAAAUUCCAGCACUAGCGAACAAGAGCAACUGACCAACACACACUGCAGAACUUCACAGAAUUCCCAGCCAGCUCUAGUUAGGUAAAACAAAAAUGACUAGGCCCAUGGUUUGUUUCAUUUCAAAAGCCCUGCGCCUGUCUGGUGUUUUGGAUAACAUUCACUUUCCCUGGUACUAAUGUUGCAGCAGAGAGGUCAUUCUACUGGGGACAACAAUACUUUCAUUUCAUUAUUCUCAUACAGACAGAAGACUGUAACAUGCUUCCAAAUUAACGCACUUAACUUUUGUUAAAAUUAAAAAGUCACUUACUCAUGCCUGUCUUUGUAUUUUCUGAUGGCACACUUUUGCAUUUGCCUUGUAAAUUUUAGAUUGCCUCGUCUUGUAGUGUCCAUCAAAGCACCAAGAAGGAGAUUAUUCAAAACCACCCUUACCUGCAUCUUCAGUAUAAUAGAACAAUAACAUAUCCCUGUAUGUCGGAUGGCCCGUACAAAAGUGGGUAUACUGUGAUGAUUCCCUUCCAUGCAGCUUCGUACACACAACACCUGUCCUGGAGCGACACCCCAUAAGCACCACCACACUCACUAUAAUUCGUACAGUACGUGCAUCCAAACAUGCAUCCUAUGGGAAGCCACCAUGUUCUGUGCUUCGUAACACAAACAAGGAUCACACAGUGUGAAUUUUAUGAAAAGCUUAUGGUAUGAUUCGAAUUAUGUCAUUUAAUUCUGGAGAUCCAAGACAAAGCUAAAUUUCUCAACAUGUCAAAGUUUAAAAAAAAUCAGUAUUUACUCCUAUUACUGUUGACCAUAACAGUGAGAGAACCCUUACUAUCAGCGGUGUAAGAUUAUAGUCACAAGUGCCACAUUAACUUGCCUGAUGACAUGUAAUUUUCUUUAAAAUUGACCUUCAACUUUGCUACCUGUAAUUACCUUGCUAGUGCUUUUCAAGUUGGGUAACUGUAAAAAUCAUUAUUAAAGGACAUGGCUGGCAAUAGUCUAUAGUUUUCUUAUUGUAGACAAAUCUCAUGAAAAGUCCAUCUUUCAAUACUUUCUCCAAACCCUCAGCUCCAAGCCCAUUGGUUCCUACUCAAAACACAAGUCUUUAAAAACGGCUCACAAAUAUAUAGUUUAAUUUUUACAAAAGGAUCAAUAAUUUCAUAAAACAGCUGAUCAUUGCCGAUUUUAACAGACAUUACUCAAACAGGAGGAAAUAGUGCAUUUGUUGGAGACCAUUUUCACCGACAGAUUUAUCCCAUUUGGUGCUGUAGUUAAUAGCAGCAGGACAGUGUAUGUGGGACUGAGUCAAAUUUUAGACUAGGUUGCACCCAGUGGAACAGUAGGGCUUACUGGUGUGUUUUUAAGAGUUUUUGGACAGCAGUGGAGCUCUACAUUAUGGCACGGAGGAAUAAGAUAUAUCAGGCUUUGGAUACACAUUACAGGAUCAAUUGAUUGUUGGUUUGGGACUUUUCAUAGGAUAUGCUGACAGUACAAAAAAUUUUGAAUUUCACCACACUUGUGUUUUAAACUGAGUGACAUGUGGCAAAUGGCCAGCACUUACUGUAUAUAGUGCUUCUGUGCCUUGAUGGGCAUAGCACAUUACAAUUUUUUUUAACAACACACACUCACACACCAAUGGUGGUGGAGCUGCCAUGCAAGGUGUUGGACUGGCCAUGGGGAGCAACUUUGAGUUCAGUGUCUUGCCCAGGGACACUUUGACAUGUGGGUGGGAGGAGCUGGGUAUCAACCCACUAACUCUGCAAUUAGUGGGCAACCUGCUUUACCUCCUGAGCUACAGCCGCCCAUAAUUAAUUACAGCCAUCAAGAAUUAAGGUAACAGUACAGUAAAUGUUUCAAUAUCUGGGAAAUUUAAACGAAGAUCUAUAUCUGUUAACAUGAUAAAGAUGAAAUAAUUGAGCUCUAGGGUCGGUAAUGUCUGUGAGUCAAUCAAUCACUUUGGUCCAGACUGAAAUAUCUAAACAGCUACUGAAUGGAUUGAUGAGAACAUGGUUCCCAGAAGAUGUAUCUUAAUGACUUUGGUGAUUCGCUGACUUUUUAUCUAUCCCCAUCAUCAGGUCAAAAUCUUAAUUUGUUCAGUACUUUGGUUUAUAACCAAAUACCUGCAAAACUAGUGCCCUUCCCGUCAGCCUCGCCUGUACUUUGUGUUAAGCAUGCUAAUUUUAGCAAAUGUUAGCAUGCUAACACAUGAAACUAAGAUGGUGAACAUAGUAAUUAUUACCUCCUAAACAUCAACAUGUUAGCAUUGUUGUUACGAGUAUGUUAGCAUGCUGAUGUUAGCAUUUAGCUCAAAGCACUGCAGAGCCUAGUCAUAGCUUUUCAGAGCUGCUAGCAUGGCUGUAGACUCUUAGUAUUGUUGCGCUUUUUUGGUGGUAUCACCGAAGAUAGUAACCAUAGUGACAGAUUUUGUUUUUUAAUUUUAUUAUUUUUUGGUUAAAUUUUUACACUUGUAAAAAUGGAAAUGUGAAUUUGUUAUUAUUAGAAUGAAAACACAAAGUUUUUGUUCUUAACAGUAAUAAAGGUUAUGUGAGUUGAAGAUGUAUUACUUUACUUACUUUAAUUACAAGACCAUUCACUGCAAUAGGUGAACUGGUAUUUGUCGCUCAUUUUUUUCAAAACCAUUUGAUAAUAUCCUCCAAAAUUUAUGCUUGGGUUUGAGAUCCUGCAAGCAAAGAGGCUAUCAUCAUCAUCAUCAUUAUCAUCAUUUCAGUGAUGUUUGCAAUUAUUUUUGCUUUUAUUCCGGCAAUUCUUUUUAGCAUGAAGUCAAAAUGUAUUCAAAUACCAUUGUGAAAGACACAAGUCUUGUUUUCUUUCUCUGGGUUUCUUACUGAUGAACCGCUGUGAUAUAAACUGCGAUGUAUACAUUGUAAACUGACACUGUACAGUCAGAUGUGUGUAAAUGAGCUCUGUACCAUUCAGUCCAAAGCAGGAUCACUCUCUGCUGUUGCUCGAGGCUGUGAUUACUGAUCAACUGACUGAUGUUUGAUUUAUUUUUUUAUUUUUUCCGCAGCGCAACAUUCAGAGAAAUUAUGUUGUUGUUGUUAUUAUUGUUUUUGUUGAUGUUGUUUUCUCUCUGAAUAAAAGAAGAGAUUACUUGUGUAA